UUAUUUACUAAACAUGGCUGACAGAAAGAACUCCAUUUCGGCCAGAUUGAAAAUGAAUCAGACACUUUUGAUGUGUAUUGUAUGGACAGGAAUAUUUCUUAGUAUUUUAUCUCUAUCUUUAUCCGAAUCAGUGACAUGUGAUGGUGUGCAAUGUAAAGAAGGAAGCUGUGUAAACGGUACCUGUCGUUGCAAUCAUGGAUGGAAAGGAGACAACUGUGACCACUGCUCUGGGAGAGUCCUACUGACUGAUCCUGCUGGGUUUUUGACGGACGGCCAUAGUAACUAUAGCGUUGACAACAAAUGUUCAUGGCUCCUUGACACUGGUCAACCCAACACCAGUAUCCAACUGAAGUUCCACCAGUUUUCCACUGAGUGUGGCUGGGACCAUGUCUAUGUGUAUGAUGGUGAUUCUGUCUUCUCGCCCCUGUUGGCAGCCUACAGUGGACUGAUUAAACAGGAUUUGGUCGCUGAUGCCAACAUUCCGAUCAUAACGGCCAAAUCAGGGAAGGCCUUUAUUUACUUCUACAGUGAUGCAGCUUAUAACAUGUCUGGCUUCAAUUUAUCAUACAGUGUAAAUGCAUGUCAGAACGAUUGCUCUCUGAAGGGUGUAUGUGUCGACGGCCUCUGUGAAUGUCAGGCUGGUUAUAGUGGAGAUUACUGUGAAAUUGGUCCUUGUCCCAACAACUGUACAAAUGGCCAGUGUGUCCUGGAUAUAUGUCAAUGUUCACCGGGCUUCAUAGGGAAGGACUGCAGUACCAAGGCCUCAAACGCAUUGUGGGAGAAGAUCUCCAUCCCUGACCUUGACAUUGGACUGGCCUCAUCAGCAUCCACUCUCAUGGGAGAUUACAUUUACAUUGCAGGGGGUUACAGUUUCAUUCCCAACCCAUCAUUCUUGUCAAGAUACCACCCACCAACUAACACGUGGAAGCCCUUGACACCCGCGGGGAGCACACUCCCAGCCACAAGCUACGGUCACACCCUGGUGGGAUAUCAGAACCACUUGUAUAUGUAUGGUGGUGUGGUUGGCAAGGACACCCCUCAUAUCUCCAGGAACCUGUACGUUUACAACAUCCUGACCAAUACUUGGAAUGUCACCACUGUAGAAAAGGAGCGAGUUAUACCUGUGGCUGUGGCUGGUCACACAGCACACAUCAUUAAUGGAAUCAUGUACAUCAUCUUUGGUCACAGCCCCAUAUAUGGAUACAAAAACCGGGUACAGGAAUACAAUCUAGCUGAUAAGACAUGGAGCAUCCCACGCACCACCGGCGCCAUCAUACAAGGAGGUUACGGUCACACCAGCGUAUACGACCCUGUCACUAAGAUGAUAUAUGUGUAUGGAGGCUAUCACUCAGACAGCCACCCUAACUACCAGCUUUCUGAUCACAUGUAUGGUUAUAUUCCACAACAGAGAAAGUGGAUUAUACUGAGAAGUAACGGUAGUCCAAGAUAUUUACAUUCUGCUGCGAUAUUAGAUGGAUCUGUCUUUGUGUUCGGGGGUAACACUCAUAAUGAUACAUCAAUCAGCUAUGGAGCCAAGUGUUAUUCCUCGGACCUGAUGGUCUACAAUAUAGAUUGUAACUCCUGGUAUAGCAUACAGUCAUCCUCCCUGCCCACCUUUGGAGCCCGCUACGGUCACAGUGCAGUCUUCUACACCAUGAAUAAUGUACCUACCAUGUUUGUCAUUGGCGGAUUUAACGGUAUCAUGCAGAACAAUCUGAUUAAGUUUUUUCCUGGUAACUGCACAUUCUACGAGAAUAAAGAGGACUGCAUAGGGGCGAAACAGGGAGUCCAAUGUGUAUGGGUCAGCGACUCGUACUGUACCUCCAAGUCGAACGCCAUCCUCGAUGGACUCAGCAACUCCUUAGAGAUAGCAAAGUGUGACAAGGACCAAGGCAAGGAAAACUUGUGCCCCAAGUUUGCUUCCUGUCCUUCGUGUCUAUCCAGUGCCUUUAAAUGUCAGUGGUGUCACAACAACUGUACGGCGGCGUGUGCUGUCAAGGACAAACAGUCCCUUGUGAGAGAGGUUGCUCAGUGUCCUACUAAGUAUAGUAAAAAGUGUGACACUAUACACAACUGCUUUGCCUGCGCUCUUGUUGACCAUUGUAAAUGGAACCGGAAGAACAAGAAGUGUACACCAAACCAGCCGAUGGCCUUCAUGGACUCUGACACACCGAAGGACAGUGACUACAGCAGUGAGACAGCAUGUGCCCAGCCUUGUUAUAAUAAUACUGACUGUGAGAACUGUACACGCUCAAGUUGUAUGUGGUGUGCAAACAAGCGGCGCUGUGUAGAGACAAACUCCUAUGUGGCCUCCUUCAUCUAUGGCCAGUGUAUGGAAUGGACGACGAAUGAGAACCGGUGUGCAGCCACCCGCUGCUCGGACCUGUUGACGUGCGAGAAGUGUCAGUCUAACCCAAUGUGUGGUUGGUGUAAUGAUCCCAGUAACACCGGUAUAGGAAAGUGUUUGGAGGGUGGGGCUGUUGGACCAGGACAUGACCCAACAAAGGCCAACAACACACAGUGUCCUGAUGAUCGCUGGUUCUUUACUCAGUGUCCAGCUUGCCAGUGUAAUGGACACAGCACAUGUAACAAUGAGACUGGUGCCUGUGAGAGCUGUCAGGGGAUGACCACAGGGGAACAUUGCGAGUCUUGUGUGGACGGUUACUAUGGUGAUCCUACAAAUGGUGGCAAAUGUUCAGUGUGUGAAUGCAAUGGGCAAGCAAACACUUGUGAUAAUAAGACGGGCGUGUGUUUCUGUAGGACCAGGGGCGUGGUCGGUGACAAGUGUGAAAAGUGUGAUGUACCUCACAAGUAUUAUGGAGACCCUAGGAAAGGAGGAACCUGUUUCUAUGACCUAGUAACAGAUUACCAGUUCACCUUCAAUCUGUCCAAACGAGAUGACAAGUACUAUACUCAGAUCAACUUCAUGAACAUACCAUCUUCUAGUGACAGAGAUGUGGAUUUCAAAGUAAACUGCUCAGAUGACAAAGCAUUCCUGAAUAUUUCUGUCCGAACACGAAGUAAAAAUGAGGUGAUCUUUGUGGAGAGUUUUUCGUGUAAUUAUUACCGGGACAAGUUUGAGCAUCAAGAUUACUCGUUUGGUUCUUCAGAGAACACGACAUUCCUAGUGUAUGUGUACAACUUCCAGACACCUUUCUGGUUACAGAUUUCAUUUGUCAGAUCGAUGUCUCUCAAUCUGGUUAUGUUUUUUGCCAUUUUCUCUAGUUGUUUCCUGUCCCUUCUCAUCAUAGCAGCAGUCCUGUAUAAAAUCAAACACAAAUACGACAACUACAGGCGAAGACAGCGUAUGAUUGUAGAGAUGGAAGAAAUGGCUAGUCGACCAUUUUCUACAGUUACCUUGGAGAUAGAACGAAAAAUUGAUAAUUGUAUUGCAGAAAAGAAAGAUCUAAAUAUGGAUUUAAGAAAACGUAAAAAGAUAAAUAAUAAGCCAAGUCAGGUGGCUUUGGAGCCCUUGAUUACCCAGAAGGCUGCAGUGCUGACACUUAUUGUCCAGCUCCCUACUGGGGAUGAGGACUGGACCCCAAGUGGAAGUUCUGGGGUAGCCAUUGCAAGUGCUUUGGUCACACUUGGUCAUCAUCGAAAGCAGAGUGUUGAGCAUGGUGGUAAAGGAGAUAAAAACAGAUUCAAGAAGCAUUCCUUCCAGACACACUCGGACACAUGUGUAUGAUAGGACAUUCGUGUUAUUAUCUUAUACCGUGCUCCCGAGGAUUUUUACUUUGGGUAUAUGGAGUUUGAAAAGAACUAGGCCUGGAAUUAUAAAAUCUAAUUCACAACUAAUUUUUAGCUCAUCUGUCCGAAGGGCAUGUGAGGUUAUUCCGUGAUGCAGCAUCCCAUUGUCGUUCUGGUGUCAACUUUUCUUUUUAAAAAAUUCUCAAUAACCAAGAGGCCCAGGUAGCUGAUAAUGGGCCAGUAGCAUGUUCAAGUGAAUGAUCAAUGGUAAAGAGGCCCAGAGACCCGAUAUUCGGCCUGUAGCAUACUGGUGGGGAGAAGGACCUAUAUUCAAGGUCACAGGAUUACUCACAUCUUUUCAAUACUCUUUAUAUUUGAAUAGUGUGGUAAUCAGCUCAGCAUCUGCAAUUACCUAGAUCAACUUCAUAUUUGCAUUAGAUGGCGAGUGAUACAGGGCCCUUUGGGCUUCUUGUGCUCAUUGUGAUUGGUUUAGGUACAGGUUCAAUAUUUUGAGUAUGGGAUCAGUAUUUUGAGUACAGAAUUGGGAUGUGAGAAGAGUUUUAUAAAUACAGGCCUUUGUAUGAUUCAUGAUUGAUUUACUGAUUGUUGUUCAAAGUUUUCAUUUAAAAAUCUUAUAAAAUUGAUACAUAGCAUAGCUGAAAUCAAAGUUUUGAUAAUGUGGUGCUCCAAUAAAAAACAAGACUUUACAUAUAAACAACUUGCCAGUUCAUUAUUAAGUCUGUGGUAAAAGUGUUGCUCUAAAAAUAAUCUCAAACAGGAUUUGCUUGAUAAACCCAUGACGAUUAAAACUGCCUUAAAUUUAAUAUCCAGAAUAUGAACAUCUUGUGAGGAGAUUCAUGAAUAGUAAACUCUUAACAGACUUUGAUGAAACCAAAAACAAAUGAUGACUCAUUUGGUAAAAAGUAUAUAUUAUUUUGUACUGCAUCAUACAGUUGAGAUCUAAAUAUAGAGGUCAUGUUAUAUUCAUAUUUUUGUUGCAAUUUUCCAAUUAUGAUGAAAUUUCAUAUUAUUGCAGGAGAAAAAUUAUAUUUAAACUUUUAUGAUAAAUAAUAAAUUAAUAUUGAAGUUACCAUAUUCUAGAUAGAAAUUACAAAAUUUUAAACCUUCAUGCAUGAAAUUGUACAUACUACUUCCAAGUCCUAAAUUGUCAGCCACAGUAACAAGACUCGGGAGACUACAAAGUUUUACAACGAAUGAUUGAGUUUUAUUUAAUAGUGCAAUCUCUUCUCUUGCCGUUAGCUGGACAGCUGUUCACUUAGGAUUGGAAUGUUUGUACCAGUAGCUAGGUACAUGUAAUCAAAGUAAAAACAUAUUACACAAAUGAUUAAAAAAAAUAGUUUUUUAUAUCUGUAAUGGGCCAUCAGUUUCUAAGACAAUAUUUGUGUCUUUUAUUGCUUCUAAACUAAAGGUCAAAAUCUUAAAUUUUUGGACGAGGACAAAUUCAGAUUUGAUAACUCAAGGUUACACAAACAAAAUGUUCUGUUAAAUGAAUCAGUUAAAUCGUAGAUGUCAUGGAAGUUUUACCACAAACAACAAAGCAGUGCAAUCAUUUAAAACUCAUAUCAUUAAUUAUCUCCACAACUGGAUAUACAUUGUAUACUUGUAUGAUGAGCAACAUAUUCUCAGAUUACCAAAGUGAUGAAUUCAUUGUCUGUAGUUUUCGUAGUGUUUUGUCAGUUACUUGUAAAUAAUGGUGCUUUAUUUUCAGAAAUACAAAUUAUCACAAUUUUCUAAGAAAAUAAAUUAUUUUAAUUUAAAAUUUGUACAUAGGAACUUUGUAAAUAUUACAGACCAGUAUCUGAGUGAGUGUGUACAUAUUGUUUGUAUAUAAUAAACAUUGAUUAUGACCAUGAAAAUGGAACAGUCCCACUGACAGUAAUUGUACUGUCAGCUCUCAAUAGGUGAAAAUGUUAUGUUGAUCAUACUUCAAAGUGUGAAGAGUAAAUAGAAUUUUGUGGCCAAUUUUCAUACAUACAAUCUGUAAUAAGACUGGAAUUGAUUCCAGGACUCCACCCAGUUAUUAAAAAAGUACUGAAACCUUUUAGAAACAUUCCAAAUGUUUGUGGUACAUACAUCUACAACUUCUCAUUGUGACUGGUCGUGCCCAAUUUUGUCUACUCCAAAAAAUGUUUAUCGUAUACGUAUAAAACAAGUAAUUAACAUGUUUCUAAUACAUGUAAUACCAUAUUUUUGCUGGUUUCUGUUCAUGCAGUGUCAUCAAUGUACAGGUAUGGCUGCUAUAUCAUUAUUAAAUAUGGAGUAUCUAGUCAUUUCAUUCCUAAAUUACUUGACCAGAAUGGAGAUGAUAUUGUAUCUAACUUAAGUUUUGGAAGUGAAUCAUGAAAAUUAAUGAAAAAAUAAUGUUAUUUUUUUCCCUCCCCCACAAAUGUGUUAUUAGAUCUGUAUAGUUAUUUUCCUUGCGUAUGGAUGUGGAAGGCACAUGUGAACUAGUAUGGUGAUUGCGGAAACUAUACUGUGUACAUCUGUGAACUAUGUAUAUGUGGAAUGUGUGCGAGAACUCUUUAUGUAUGCAAAAUGUAUAUGGAAACGUAUAUGUAAGGUGUGAGAUGUAUAUGAGAACUAUAUGUGAGGUGCGAGAUGUAUAUGCCAUUGGGAACUUUAUGUGCGAGAUGAAUAAGUUAAUUAUAUAUGAGUUAUGAGAUGAAUUGAUGGGAAAGCUACCUUGUCUUGUUGUGUAUGUUUGUCCCACUACUUAAAAGCUGGCUUCAGCUGAAGAGAGGUUGUUUGAAUGCAGGACAAUUCAGAAAUUUCUGGAGUCAUGUGAUUUACUAAACCAGUCCUGGUCAUGUGAGUUCUUUAUUAUAACCAAAAUUUUAGUCAAAUUAUUACUGUGACAUAAUGCCUGCUUGGUGGGAUUGAUUAUGUUUUACUCGUUUAUUUAAUUGAUAUUUAAUUUAUAAACUCAUUGAUUUCUGUUGUUUCUUAUUGUGAAUAUGUUAACCAGUUCAGUUUUUUGUCACCAAAACUUUUAGUCUUCUGAUUGAAAGUAUAUAACUGUAUUAUUGCACUGUAAGAUCACAAGUCUAGAUUGGGAGAGGAGGAUUGAUUUUAAACUUAGCUAGAUUUUUUGUCUUGUAUCAUAUGAUAAAGGUUUUGAUAAUAAUAGAUCUAGUUAUGUUAUACCCGGUAACAUACAAUCAAAUCAGUUACAAAGCUUCAUUUAACAUUCCAAAUAUAGUCAAGUUCACUGCUUUGUAAGUAAUUAUUUUUUUUGUUUAUUUUAAAUUAUUUAUGCUGAUGGACAAAAAUUUAAAAUUUGGAAUCUUAAAGGGUUCUUGUACACGUAUCAACAGAUUUGAAUGACUGUAUCGAAAGGACAAUGCCAUCAAAUUGAAUAAAAAAAUUCACAUGCA